UGCGCUGUCUGCCUGGGAAGACACCCCUACAAGAUUAUUGAAUGCAAAGCAACCAAGACCUGGGACAAUGUCUCGGACACCCUCUGCAUUCGAGUUGGAAAAGUCCUUACCAUGCGAGACAGUUGCCCAAUCUGCAGUGACUGGCAAAGGGUCUCAGGAUGCAGGGAGACCUCUCAUGAUUGCCAACACUUCUGUUCUGGAUGUGCGGCCUCCUCUCAUGGAGUCCAGGCUUGCUCUCGAGCGCAGAAAACUUAA